UUCCUUGUUGACGUCAAGACACACGGUCACGUGACAGCGUCUGACGGAAAAGAAGACAACAUGGCGGUGUGCAUAGCAGUGAUCGCAAAGGAGAACUACCCGCUGUACAUCCGGAGUGUCCCUACACAGAAUGAGUUGAAGUUCCACUACACGGUCCACACCUCUUUGGACGUUGUGGAGGAGAAGAUCUCAGCAGCAGGCAAGGCCAUGGCUGACCAGAGAGAGCUGUACUUGGGGCUCCUUUACCCCACCGAAGACUACAAAGUAUAUGGCUAUGUGACUAACUCCAAGGUGAAGUUUGUCAUCGUUGUCGACUCCUCCAAUACAUCAUUACGGGACAAUGAGAUCCGAAGUAUGUUCAGGAAACUACACAACUCCUUCACAGAUGUGAUGUGCAACCCUUUCUACAACCCUGGAGAUCCCGUCCAGUCCAAGGUGUUUGAAGGCAUGGUAUCUGGAAUGAUGGUACAAGUCAGCUGAAGCCUCCCCGCAUCCAACGUCUACUGUACAUAAUGUCCCUGCAUUAAGAUUCACAUCCUUGUGUCCGUGUGAAAAUGUAUUGUUAAAUAAAAGGAAAGCAUUUAUAUACUAA